CUUUUAUCCACCUGCCCGUCAUACAUCAGCUAGGGUAGCGGAAUCUGCCGAGUUCAGUGGUCAGUGGAGUUUCUAUUUAUGAUCUUCAGAACUGAUAAUGUUUGUACGACAUAGGCCUAAUAUGUCAUUUAUUAACAAUUAUUCUACAGAUGUAAAUAUCAACAAGUUUAAAAGCGAAAGUUGAAGUUGCAGACAUGGCGGAAUUGCAACCAAUACUUAAUAAAUACAUUCCGGACCUUCGAGGAAAUAUAAGGGUAGAUGACAUUCUGUAUCUAGUGAAUUUCCCGUCUUCGGGGACAGAAGAAAUAACUCGCUAUCUAGAGUCAGACAACAAAGAUGACAUUGCUAGAUUUAUAGAAGUAAUUGGGAGAAUCGAUGAUAAUAACAAUAACUUGCAUUUUUCCGUAAGCUUUUUGAAAUGUUUACAAAAUUCGAAAGCUUCAGGUAUACAUAUAACUGCAGAGCAAAUGAUAUCUGAAGCCGAAAAAGUUUUUCCUAAAAUCAGAGAACAUUUUCUACCACCAUCAUUGACGAAAUCGGGAACAAAACAAUCUGAAACUUCAUGCAAUUAUCUUCGAGAUGACAUUGCAAACGUUAGACCGUCAACUUCAACCCCGCGAAGUUCUACACAAGCGGAUAUUGGGAUUACAUCUUCACAUGGUGAAUUGAAAAUUCUAACGACCAUAAAUGGACAGCCUCGCAGUCAAAACAGCAGACACUCUGUAACUCAAAAUGAAAUUGGCCUUUUUUGUGCUGGAAAGGAAAUAGAAGACAUCCCAAAUGAGCUCUUCCUGCAGUUAGUCAUGGAACUAAACAAAGACAAACAGUGGGAAAAAUUUGGGAACAAAAUGGGUUUGAAAAGAAAAGAAAUGAAAGAAUUCGAAAAGUCGGAAGACCCAGCUAAAAUGCUUUUAGACUACGUUGGUGAUAGAACACUUGGAGAACUUGUUUAUACCUUUCAGGCCGCAGGGAUCCCCGAAAUACCACAGAAGCUAAACAUUUCUUUGAAGGAAGAGCCGACUGGUACAAAACUGCGUUCACUGGAAAACGAAGAACAUGGGAAAUUGGAAAAGUUCCUAAAUGAAAAUAAAAGAUGGGAAUUACUGGCCAAUAAAUUACAGUUAAAAAGAAGACAAGUAGCAAAAUUAGAAAGAAAAGAUAAUCCAGCAAAAUCUAUUCUUGAUGACCAUCGGCAUUUGACGACAGAACAGUUGUAUAUUAAAAUGCAAGACGCAGGCCUACACUUUGAUUCUGCUAAUGAAAAUCCAACAACAAAUGUACAUUGGUCAGAUGGCUUACCCACACAAAGAUUAAGAUAUAUAAAUAAUUUAGAUGAAGAAAUUAAAACACAAGAAGAAGAACAGUUACCCCUAAAUAUAACAGAGAGUAUAAGCGAAAGCAUAACUGACAAUACAAACAGUAAUAAACUUUUUCCGUCUUUUGAAUCAUCAAGUGUCUUGUCUACAGGAAGAUUUGAAGUAAGAGAUGGUUCAUUCGGAGAACAUAGCAUUACGUAUCUUAAAAAUGUUGCAAGUCAAGAACGGACAGAAUUAUUAGAACCGAAUAGAGAUGUGUUGCCUUUAAUCGUUCUGUCUAAUGUAGACUUAGAUAACCGUGGAGGUGCUGAUUCUCCAGAAAAUACAGAAACCAUUCCAGUAAGUGAGCAUUUGGAUAAUGGACAACAUAUGUCACAAGUAUCAGUUAUUGUUUCUAGUGAGAAGCCUAUUGUUACAUGUCCAGAAGAUGAAACGCAGUCUGAGAAGAACCCUGAAAUGGCUACUACCACUUCGCUAAAUGAUGCCGAUGCUCAAUAUCGUACAGACGAAUUUCGAGAUAUACAAAACAGCGUUCCAUAUACAUCAGAAAACCAUUGUUCUAGGGUUGAUAAUCCGGUAAAUGAAGCUAAAAAUGACGAACAUCCAGAAAAGGCAGCACAAAUUCUGAGUUCUAGGAAAAAGGAGACAACACGUACUGCCAUUACAGCCACAAACCUCAGCUCGCCUUCCGAUACGAAUGAUUCUGAAGAGAAGAAUCCGGAACAAGAAUGUGCUGCGUUGAUUAAUGAUGGCACUGCACAAAUAGUGGGAACAGGUUACAGGGACUUACAGAACAGUUUACCAGACAGUUUAUCGAGUGAUGAGAUGGAAGAAAAUUAAAAGUUUCUUUUAAAAGUCUCAUUUUGGAGUACUUUUAAUGAAGAUUGUGCAUACAUUUUGGUUAAAGAUUCAGUAUCUACUAUUUCCACCAAACAACUUCGUAUUUGCAUGUGCUGACCUAUGCUUUUCAAGACGAUCUAUGUCAUUGCUCGUGGCGUCAGUAUACAUUCUUGUCUUAUUAAGGAACUCUGGCCUAACAGAAGACAGUAGUAAUAUUUUUAUUUGUCCUAUAGAUACGUUCCUAUUAGAAUCGAAAAUGACAUGAACCAUUAUUUUUAUUCAUAUAGGUCUUACGGAAACUCAUCAUAGAUACCAGGAUUAACAUUUUGCACGACAGACGCGCGUUUCCUCCACAAAAGGACGCUAGAAUAAAAAAAUGUAAAAAGGCGAAAUAAAUUAAGAAUUUGAAGAGCAUUGAGGACCCGAAAUUUUGAAAGGUUUUGCCGAAUACAGCUAAGGUAAUCUAUUUUUACCUCAAGAAAUAAUUUUCGUAAUCAGGCUGUACCACCAGAUUACAUUUACGUAAAUCUACUCCUUAGUAAACGUUCAUGUCAAUUUGUUCGCAGGUGCAUACACAAUAUCACCAUCACAUUCCACCACGAUAUUUUUUUCUAUUUCAAGCAUUGUCACGGGAUUUAUUGCAUAUAAUGGAUUUGUAGGAUGCACUUGAAGACUUGACCGCCAUUAAUGUUGUAGAAACGCAACUGAAAGCUUGGAUAUCUGCAAAUUGCGACUCGAGAGUAAUAUAACAGAAUACUCCACUUUAUCAAUAGACAUUAUGGAUCUAUACGUCGAAGAUGUGAAGCUGUCGAGACGAGGUCUUACCAGAUAUCGGGUCCUCAAAAUCUCAUUGCUUAUAGGAACUUUCAUCUGAGUCUCUGGAUUUUUGUACUCUUCAGAUUUCCAUAUUUCAAAGUGUUUGCUCUAUUGGAUGUUAACUUUUUAGUCCCCUACCGACGAAGUCGAAGCGGACUUUAGGUUUGCACUCCGUCUGUCUGUCUGUCUAUCUGUCUGUCCAUCUGUCAGUCCGGCAAAUCACUUUUCCAGACAUUUUUUCUUCGUGCUUGAAGAUAUUGAUUUGAUAUUUGGUUUAUUGUUUUAUCAUGAUAAGUUACAGGUCAAGUUUAAUUUUCACGAUUUUAGCUUUUCUCUUUGUUCAGUUAAAGCCCUUUCCCUAGAAUUAAAUUUUUGAUGAAAUACUUAUUAAUUAGUAGAUUUCUGUUCAAAGGGAAAUAACUCAUUUAAAAAAAAAAUUAAAAGACAAAAUGACAUUUUGGAUGUUUUCCUUGUCUUUGGUAAAUUGUUUAAAGAAUUUAGUGGAAGUUUGUUUGUCAUUCUUGAAGAUAUUGAUUUGAUAAUUAGUAUGUAGUUUUAUCAUGACAAGUUACAGAUCAAGUUGGAAUUUUGUUCCAGUCUGAUGAUUUUGUGCAGAGUUAUGGUUUUUGGACAUAGAAAAUUCACUUAAAUAAUCAGUUUUCAACAGUUUUUUUUCGUCAUGCUUGAAGAUUUUGACUUGAUAUUUGUAUGUAGUUUACACCAUGACAAGUAAUAGAUCAAGCUAGAAUUUCGUUCCAUUACAAUGAAUUUUAACCGGUAGGGGACUAUGUACUGCCAUGCAAUACUCACAAAAUGCUUGUUUUUAUAGUGAUUUAUUCAGUAUGAUUUAUUUGUAGUGUUGAAAAAAAAAUGUUGAUUUGAAAA